CCUAGCCAUCGUAGGGGAUGGUUGUGUCGUGUGUGAUAAUAAGUUCGAUACGUUUUCGUGUUGUGUUGAGUUUGGAUUUACGUAUGUAAAGACUUAACGAUGGAGCUCCAAAGAGUUAAAUUAAUUUGCAUUUUCAUCAUAUUAGUCCUGAUUAAUGCGAUGUCUUCUGCUAUCCAAGCGAAGGAUAACACAAAACGAAAGUCUAAGGAGAAAUUAGGUGGCUUUCAAAAGAAUAUUUGUGACGUAAGGGACAGAGAGUCUAAAGUUCACUGCUAUUGUGAAAAUACUCGAGAACACGAGAAUGUAACUAAAGCUGAAUGUUGGGUUUUUAACGGAGGUAUUCAAAGGGAUGAUCAGAUCUGGCAAAGUUUCGCAUCACAACCAACUUUACAAACUUUGUCCUUUAAUAUCCGAGUUGACGGAGCAUUGGGCUACGUGCCGACCAAAGCGCUACAGUACUUACAAAGACUUCGAUCUAUUAACAUAAAGUAUGGCGAUAUCAUUGAAUUGGCGUCCUAUUCUUUUGCUAAUUUAACCAAUCUAAAAGAAAUAUUGCUCUCACAAAAUAAUAUUCACACAAUGGAACAAUAUGCUUUUGCCCAUCAUCCAAACUUGACUCAUAUAAAUUUAGAAAAUAAUUCGAUACUGGAAAUUGAAAAAGAUACUUUUGUUGAUUUACCGAACUUACAAAAAUUAACGUUGGUUGGUAAUAAUAUUACUACGAUCACUAAUGGAGCAUUUCAGUACACAUUCAACCUUUUGGAGUUGGAUUUAAAUAAAAAUUUAAUAUUCCACUUGAAUCGACACACGUUUGAUGGAUUGGCAAACUUGAGGAGAUUGGAUCUAAGAAAGAACCAAAUUUACAAUUUGACUGAGUUUACUUUCGCCGAAUUGUGGAAUUUGCAAGAGUUGCUUUUGGGGAACAACGAUUUAAAGUAUAUAUCUGCAAGGGCUUUCGAUGGCUUGUCUCAACUGCGAAAGUUGUCCCUUGACGAUAAUAAACUUUCAGCGAUUCCACCCGGUUUAUUCGAAGGAGUUCGAGGCUUGAGUUCCCUUGAUUUGCGAUCGAACGAACUACACGCAUUAACUUUUGACAACAUUAAGCCUAUAUUGGAUAAUUUGAAACCUCUAAACAGCAAUCUGCUUCUCGAAGGAAACAAUUUCAUUUGUGACUGCAGACUCAAGUGGAUGCAUUCUUUACGGAAUGAUACAAAAAGCCAAAGCACCAAAGACUCUUUAGACGGUGUCACAUGCAAGACAGAUCCACCAAUUGUUAGUUCUGCUUAUAAUAAAAUUACUGACGACAAAGUUGCUUAUAGUCAAGAUAUUGCUUACAUUGUUGAAGUAAAAUUAAACACUACAGAUAAAAGGAAACUUAAUGAGACCAACGAUGGAACAAAAAAAGGUGUCAAGAGGAGCGUUAUGAAAAUUUCCCCGGAAAGUUUACCUUGUCCCAAAGAAACAGUUAAAACUACAGAGAUGACACCAAUGCUAGUUGAUCCUGUAAUACCGAUCCAGAAUGAGAUGAAAACUUUUAGAUUCCAAGGAACGAGUUCAGGGAGCAACAUGUGCUAUUUUAGUUUAAUAGUUUACAGUGCGUACUUCGUUUUCUUUUUUACCUAGAUUUGAACUGUACAAAACAUUCCUGAGAUUUCGAAUUGAAUAAGAAAUCUGAUUAAGUUGUCGAAUUCUACAAACAAUUUAUUUAAUUAAUUAACACUUAAGUUUGUUGGCAAUAAGUACAAUUUUCGAUACAAAACCUAUUCAAUUAUGGUAUGAGGAAAAUAAAAUUUAAAAAGUUAUUAUGACCGACGCCUUUUAAAUAUUUAUUUUUAUUUUGUUUUGUCUUUAUAUUUCAUUAUAUUGAACUUAUAACCCAAAGAUUAAUAUAAUUUAAUUAAUUAUGGCAUAAAGACAAAUCGAGGUAUUUAUUAGUAUAGAUAUUAAAGUUUUCAUAAUAUCUAGUCAAAUAAUAGAUUUGAUUGUAAGUACGAAAGACUUAUUUAUUUAUAAGAAAAUUAUAUGUUAGAAUAAGAUAGCUUAUAAAAUAUAGUGUUUUACGUUUUAUCUAAAAUAUGUUUAACUGUGAUCUUGGUCUUGAGGGGCCUUUAAAUUAUUAUGAAUAAAUUCUUGGGCACUCUAUUAAAAUUUCGAAUUAUUAUAAUUUUUUAUAAUUUUAUUAAAACUGCAAAUUUUUUUGCAAUAAGAUAUUCCUUAAGGAUUCACUGUAUUAUUUAAUAUACUUUAUUUUAUAAUAAAAAAUCAAAUCAUUUAUUUAUAUUGUAAAUAGAUUUUGUUUUAGUCAGUACAUACGUAAUUAAUAUUUUCCCAAUAAUUAGUAAGGUCAUUUACACAGUAAUGGAUUUAUUUAUUUAUAACUUUCCUUAAUAUGAAUACUACCAUAAUAAGUACAACUAAAAAAACUUUUCUGUUACCAAAAACAGAUUUAUCAGUAUUAAGUGAUUCACAAGAUAUUACCAUUAUUUGUGUAAUAAAUACAAAUAGUAUAUUAAAUCUUUUGUUCUGCCCCUGAACUCCUACAACGCUUUCUCAACGUCGUUAAAAAAUGGAAGGAUAAAAUAAAAGUACUGAUACUAUAAAUUUUACUGGUAAAGUAGCCAAAAAAAGCCAAACGCGUGCAACUGAUUCACAAUGGAAAGAAUCGGUGUGACCGCACGCGGCACGAGCAGGACAGGGUCACCGCUCUCUUUCUCUACCGCACCCUAUCUAUACUAUAGGCAUAGUAUAGAUAGCGGCGAAGUUGAGUCAUUAUUUGUAUUUAUUACAUAUUAAUAUAUUUAACUCUGAAAUUAAGCGUAUUGUUUAUACAAAUAAUAUUUUCAUGAAAUGCUAACUUCGCUAAAUCUUUUCAUUUAUGUAAUUCCUAAUUUGUGUGUUCGUAAUUUGUCUACUAUAAAAUGUCAAGGAAUCGAUUUUACUCCUUUAUGUAUUCUGGACUUACGGACUUUACAUUUAUUGUAUUUCCAAGAUAUUCUUUUUAAAUUUCCAUAAUGUGAUCGGCAUUUAUGUGUGGAAGUGUUUUGUUGAUUUUGUAUGGAGUUUUGUUAUAUUCCAUUCAUCUUAUUCAUAAACCGAUAGUCUUAUCAACUUUUAUUUUAUAAGUUAUAAUUUUAUAAUUCUGUAAUGUCUUUUCACACUUAA